AUGAGGAGCAAUUUUAUGGGAAAUGAGCUAAUACACCUAUCCUGUGAGCAACAGCAGUAUGAUCAGGUUUGGAAUUUAGAAGAAUAUAUACACGCAUCCACACGAAUCACAAUGUCCAGGGUGGUUGGUCCAAGUUUGCAAGAACGGCAGCCCGAAGGCAUCUGUUAUAUACACGCAUCCACACGAAUCACAAUCUCCAGGGUGGUUGGUCCAAGUUUGAAAGAACGGCAGCCCGAAGGCAUCUCCUAUAAAACACUGUAA